AUGUCGAAUCUCAAGCUACCUACCGCCCCCAAUGCGGGCCUGUUCAAGCAGGGAUACCAGACAUCCAAUGCCGAGGACGGCGCCGUCCAGCGAAACAUCCAGGCCUGUCGAGAAAUCACCGGCAUGGUUCGAACCUCUAUUGGACCCUGUGGUCGAAACAAGAUUGUGGUCAACCAUCUUGGCCGAAUCUUUCUGACAUCUGAUGCCGCCACCAUUCUGCGGGAGCUCGAGGUGAUUCACCCUGCCGCCAAACUCCUGGUCCAGGCCUCCCAGCAGCAGGAGCUCGAGUGUGGAGAUGCCACCAACUUGGUUCUGACUCUGGCCGGCUCGCUUCUCAACAAGGCCGACGAGCUCAUUCGAAUCGGACUGCAUCCCUCCGAAGUGGUCCAGGGCUACGAGCGAGCCAAGGGUCUGGCGCUGAUGGAGCUGGAGACCAUUGCUGCCGAGACCACUGCCAACGCUGAGCUGGCCAACGGAGACACCGCCCAGGCUCUGGUCACCUCGCAGCUGCUGGCUCGAGCCGUCAAGACCGCCGUGGCAUCCAAGCAGUACGGCCACGAGGCAAUCAUCUCGCGAUUGGUCACCGAGGCUGUCCAGCAUGUCAUGCCCAAGAACAUCAAGGCUUUCAACGUGGACGCCAUCCGAGUCGUCAAGAUCAUGGGCGCCUCUCUGGGCGCAUCCCAGGUCAUCAAGGGUAUGGUUUUCAACCGGGAGCCCGAGUCCACUGUGAAGAAUUGUGGCAAGGCCAAGGUUGUUGUUUUCUCUACCCCUGUCGACAUCUCCUCUACCGAAACAAAGGGUACUGUGCUGCUCAAGUCUGCCCAGGAGAUGCUCAACUUCUCCAAGGGUGAGGAGGCCCAGGUCGAGACCAUGGUUAAGAACAUUGCCGACUCCGGCGUCAAGGUGGUCGUCUGCGGCGCUGGUCUCGGAGACUUGCCUCUGCACUACAUGAACAGAAUGGGUCUGAUUGCCCUUAAGGUUCCCUCCAAGUUUGAUCUGCGACGACUGUGCCGAGUGGUUGGCGCCACUCCUCUCGCUCGAGUCGGAGCUCCCCUUCCCGAGGAGAUGGGCACUGUCGAUGUGGUUGAGACCAUUGAGAUUGGAGGCGACCGAGUCACCGUGCUCCGACAGGAGGACGAGGCGACCCGAACCGCGACCGUUGUGGUUCGAGGUGCUACCCAGAACGCUCUCGACGACGUGGAGCGAGCCAUUGAUGACGGUGUGUCUGUUGUCAAGUCCAUCUCUAAGGAUCCCCGUCUGGUUCCUGGAGCUGGAGCCACCGAAAUCCGGCUGGUUUCUACCAUUGUGCAGCAGGGCGAGCGAACCCAGGGUCUCAUGCAGCAUGCCAUCAAGGCCUACGGACAGGCAUUUGAAGUCCUGCCCGAAACUCUGGCCGAGAACGCUGGUCUGGACGCCAUCGAGGUGCUUGCCCGACUCUACGCUGCUCACUCCGAGGGCCGAAACACCACUGGUGUCGAUGUCGACGACAACGACAGCACCGGCACCUGCGACGCCUCUGCUGCCGAUAUCUUUGACUCUUACUCCGCCAAGAUGUCUGCCAUCGAGCUUGCGACUGACGUGGCCAACACCAUUCUCACAGUCGACCAGAUUAUCAUGGCCAAGCGAGCUGGCGGCCCCACCAUGCCCAAGCAGCAGUCUAUUGGUAACUGGGAUCAGGAUGAUUAA